AUGAUUGAGUGGGCGACAAUUCGAUCACACGCCAUGCGAGAAUACCGCCAGCGCCAGCGAAGUAUCCAGAAGAGGCAACAUGAGAGUACUGCGAACGCCUGCAGAACUACAGUUGCAGAGCCUGAGAGGCUCCGAAAAGGCCACAAGUCCAGCGAGAGCGCGGAAAGACGGCACGUCAAUGUCGUGUGGCGCUCGUCUGUCCAUAUUGCCAAACACACCCCCACCACUCUGCAACACGAUGCGCAUCUCUCUACAUCACUGGACGACGUCUCACUGUCUGACCCUGGAGCCUCGUCUGAGUGGACUUCCGAUUGUCUAGCGUUGUUCGGACGAUACCUGCGGUGGCUAAAACCUGAGGGCGACUUUACAUUACCCUGGGAGCAUGACUAUUCACCAAGCCCUCUGCUGCUAGCUGCUAGUGUCUUGAGUGCGACCCGUCAUCUACAGGCAGCCCAUUUCAUUCGGCCGUGCAACACGCAUCUUGCGUGGAGGCAUGCUAUUCUGAAGCGGCUGUUGGGGCUUGGUGAUGCUCUGGACAAAGACUUUGCCAACGCUGCGACAUGUCUGCUUCACUUCGAGCUGUGCCACGGCAGUGAAGAAGCAAUUUAUCACCUUCGUGGCCUCAGGUCCACCACUAAACUCGAAAAGUGUAUGCCGGCAUGGGAGUUGCAGAGCUGUACGAUGUCUCUCGAGAUGGGCGAUCUUCUGCAUGCACUACUCUUCGAGCACCCAUUGGAGGUGCUUUCACACGACCAAGGAGCGACAUAUGAUCGCAAGUUCUCCGUAUACCAUCUGUCUGUCCUAGCUUCCGAGCUGCAAGUCGAUUGCGGCCCUUGCAAGACAUCCGAGCUUCAAGCCCUCAAAGAUGUGUACCGAAGUAUGUCGGAAGCAGCCAGCAGGAUGGAGCUGUCGCUUGCGGAUAAUACCACUGUACCUGACAGCGACAUAACGCCAGAUGCGCCCGAUGACCAACAAUCAGCACUGAGCUUGACGGGCAUGCCGAAGGACCUCACCCUCUUCGUGCAGGCUAGCUCUGCAACGAUUGCCAUCCUACACAACUAUGCCGUCCGGAGACUAUCAAUUCGACACGUCGACAACGAGGAGUACGUCAAGAAGGUCAUUACUGCUAUCAUGCAUAUGGAUGAUUCCUCAUGGCAGGGCACGCAGUACUCUCGCAUAUUCAUACUCAUGACUGGCUUAUGCGCCUCGACAGAACAGCCAGCUAGGAGCUUCUUCGAAGCUCACCUCAUCCGAGCAAUACUGCAAGCUGGCACUGAUGAGUGGACCAGUGUGCAAAGUGAGCCCCAAAAAACAGAUGCUCGACAGAUCAGCAGUUUUGACCCGACUUCUUUAGCUUUCACUAUCAAGUUUCUUGCGAACAGAGACGACGUGAGAAUAGCAUCGGCCCGCUAG